CAAUUGCCGUGUCAUCUUUUGUGUUAGUAAACUAUUCAUACUACCUACUUAUCUACCAAUAAAUUUCCUAAAAUAAAUAAAGGUAAAUUCCGUAUGGAAAAAUAUCGGAUAGGUACAUCGGAUACAAAGUUUUAAAACAGUUAAAGAUUUGUGAAUUUUCUAUUCUAAUAUGGUAUUAAUGUAAACAUAAAGUAAGAUUUGUAAAUGUCUGUGUCUUUGUGCGUAUUGCGGAUCGAAAUAGACGAAGAUCUUCCUGAAAUGGAUGGAAAUCCUACUGAAAAAGAAACUGCAACUGAGCAAAAAAAGAAGGAUCGAGGUGCACGCGAGUCAAAAACAAUAACAGUGGAGACAUAUGCGAGUGUUCUCAACGGUCCCAACGCAGUGUCGGGGAUAUUGCCGACCAGCUCGCGGCGCUCGCCACCGGAAGGAAGCACAUCAGAUGACGAUGACACCAUUAGCUUCUUUUGUGGCAAUCCUUUGAUAGAGGUCACCAAAGGUGUCCUUCAUUUGUACAAAGAAAAUGAGCUGAAGGAGGCAGAAGAAGCAAAGACACUAUGUUUGUUAUCAGUACCUGGUGCUCUGGGAGCCCCUGAUCUAUUGGCCUUUGCAGCUGCGUGCCAGCAGGAUAUAGCACAUGUGAGGGUCCUGCGUGAUGGCUCGCCAGAUCACUACAUGGCAUUACUCACUUUCCGUACAAGUGCAGCAGCCCGUGAAUUUCAUUCUGCAUUUGAUGGAGUGCCGUACAGCAGCCUGGAGCCAGCGGCGCUGUGUCAUACGGCGUGGGUGUCGCGCGUCGAGUACGCGCGGGACGGUGCCGCGCCUCCCUCGCACACUGAGCUGCCCACCUGUCCUGUGUGUUUGGAGCGUAUGGACGAGAGCGUGGCGGGCGUGCUGAGCGUGCAGUGCGCGCACUCGUUCCACGCGGAGUGCCUGAUGGGCUGGCGGGACGCGCGCUGCCCCGUGUGCCGCUGCGCGCAGACCCCCGAGCCGCGCGACUCGGCGCGCUGCCUGCAGUGCGACGUGCGACCGCUCGAGACGAGCGGUGCGGGCGAGGCGGAGGCGCCGCGGGACAGCGCGUGCGGCGUGGCGGAGGGGCUGCUGGAGGCGGAGGCCGGCACGCUGUGGAUCUGCCUCAUCUGCGGGCACGUCGGCUGCGGCCGAUAUGAAAAAGGUCACGCCGCUAAACAUUUUAUGCAGUCCAAUCACACUUACGCGCUGCAGUUGGGCUCAAAUCGAGUUUGGGAUUAUGCAGGCGACAACUUCGUGCACCGCUUGGUGCAGAACAAGGCGGACGGCAAGCUGGUGGCGGCGGAGGGCGCGGCCGCCGACCCCGAGCCCGCCUGCAGCGACAAGCUCGAGCUCACCUACCUGCUCACCCACCACCUCGACACGCAGCGCCGCCACUACGAGGAGCGCCUGGCCAAGCUGGAGCAGGAGCGGGCGGGCGAGGCGGAGGCGCUGCGGGCGCGAGCUGCGGCCGCGGAGGGGGCGGCGGCGGGGCUGCGGCGCCAGCUCGCCGCCGCGCGCGCAGACGGCAAGGCGCUCGCCGGCAAGCUGGCCGCGCUCACUAACAGAGUAUCAAAGCUGCAGAACGAUCUGUCGGAGGAGCGGUCGCUGACGGCGGCGCUGGCCGAGCGGCAGGCGCAGUGGCAGGCGCAGGAGAAAUCUUUUCGUAGCGAGGUGACGGAGCUGAAGGAGCAGCUGCGCGACGUGAUGUUCUUCGUGGAGGCGCGCAGCACGCUGCAGAGCAGCUCGGCCGCGUCGCCGCUGGAGCUGCAGGCCGCCACCGUCGCGCUGCCCCCCCCACCACCCGCAGCCGAUACUCAGCGGGGCAAAUCGCGUAGAAAGCGACGCUAGACCGCCAAUCCCCCCGCACCUCUCCCCCCCACGCCUCUCCUCGUCCUCCCCAGCACCUCUCCUCCCCCCGCGCCUCACCUCCCCCCCCGCAACUCUCCUCCCCCCGCGCCUCACCUCCCCCGCAACUCCCCUCCCCCCACUAGAUUCCCCUCCCCUUGCCGCUCGCGCAGCUUAAUCAGCCAUACAGAAAGCAUCAUAUUGACUUUCUCCUUUUUGUGUUGCUUUAAACGGAGUCGAUUGUAAAUAAACUAGCUUUCCUCCCGCGGCUUUGUCUAAACGACAACAUAAAUUAACUUACCUUAUCCUAUAUUGUACCCGGAUAAAUGUCACACUAUGAUCCCUCUCUGUGCUAAAUUUCAUCCAUCCAUUUUUCAUAACAAAUUGUUGUGUUUACAGUAGUAAUAGGAUAAGAUACUGUGACCAAAUUGAAGAAAAAAUAUAGAAAUGGAAAUUUAUAAGAUUUUAGUGGGUAGUUUUGUAAAUUUAUUGUUUUAUUACAAACUUGUGAAAUACAGACUUUAAAUAUUUUUCAUGAUUUUACUUAUUUAAUCUUAAUAAUCACGCACUGUUCUUUUAAACUCUGUACUAUAUUACAAGUUUCAAUAUUAGUAAUAAGGAACGAGUAAACACUUUUCUGUGAUAAAUUAAAUAAGAUAUUUGUAUUGUAUUGUACUACGAUUAUUAGGAAUAAAUGUUGUGAGCGAAAA